AUGUCGUACACCACUUGUACAGACGGUGUGGAGUCGGACCGGUCUGGGAUCAUGCUACCAUUCCACAGUACACCACUAGGUGGCAGGAGAGGGAGCAGCAAGCCCUACUCCUGCUCAGAUGGACCAGUGAAACCCCAGAGCAGAAAACACUUGAAUACAGCAUCAGAGGAGAACCAUUCUCUGGAGACCUCCAAUCUCACCCAUCCCAGUCCUCCAGCACUCUGGCACUCAUACAAGAACUUCAGCUACAGAUCUCCACCACCACCAGGUGACAUGGAGAAUGUCUACUCUAAGGGCAGGUAUCCUCUCUCCUCUCAGCCUCGACAGAAGCCUCUGUUGCAAGUCAACUAUGGCACCUCCUGCAGUUUACCGGCAGGUUUCAAAGUGCGAGAGCAGCAGUCUGUCUCCCACCACCGGAGGCGCUCUACCCAGUCAGACUCAGCACUGCUGCCCAGCAACGUGUACUUUCAGCAGACCUUUCCCCCAGCUCUCAGCCCCCCCAGGACUGGGGUCAUAGCCAGCAGGCACAAAGCCAGCGGGGAUGAGGACAUCAACAGAACAUUGGACAGGGCUAUCGAGGCAGCCCGCAUUAUGAAGAGGACCACUGAUAGGAUGGCCAAGAGCCUGUCAGCUGACCUUGCCAAGGUUGAGCUGUACAGGAAGUUACACGGCCUUCACCCAUUGACAGGGAGGAACAAUACUGGCUCAUAACACUCUAAUUGACACACUGGAGAUACUGCUGCUACUAUAGAGCUGGUCCAGGAUUAGCUAACCAGUGAAUUCAGCAGGGAUUAUUUUGUAUACAGGUGAAGUCGGGAAGUUUACAUACACCUAAGCCAAAUACAUUUAAACUCAGUUUUUCACAAUUCCUGACAUUUUAAUCCUAGUAAAAAUUCCCUGUUUUUGGACAGUUAGGAUCACCACUUUAUUUUAAGAAUGUGAAAUGUCAGAAUAAUAGUAGAGAGAAUUAUUUAUUUCAGCUUUUAUUUAUUUCAUCACAUUCCUAGUUGGUCAGAAGUUUACAUACACUCAAUUAGUAUUUGAUAGGAUUGCCAUUUAAAUUGUUUAACUUUGGUCAAACAUUGUGGGUAGCCUUCCACAAGCUUCCCACUAUAAGUUGGGUGAAUUUUGGCCCAUUCCUCCCGACCGAGCUGGUGUAACUGAGUCAGGUUUGAAGGCCUCCUUGCUCACACAUGCUUUUUCAGUUCUGCCCACACAUUUUCUAUAGGAUUGAGGUCAGGGGUUUGUGAUGGUCACUCCAAUGCCUUGACUUUGUUGUCCUUAAAGCCAUUUUGCCACAACUUUGGAAGUAUGCUUGGGGUCAUUGUCCAUUUGGAAGACCCAUUUGCAACCAAGCUUAACUUCCUGACUGAUGUCUUGAGAUGCUGCUUUAAUAUAUCCACAUCAUUUUCCUCCCUCAUGAUGCCAUCUAUUUUGUGAAGUGCACCAGUCCCUCCUGCAGCAAAGCAUCCCCACAACAUGAUGCUGGAACCUCCGUGCUUCACAGUUAGGAUGGUGUUCUUCGGCUUGCAAGCCUCCCCCUUUUUCCUCCAAACAUAACGAUGGUCAUUAUGGCCAAACAGUUCUAUUUUUGUUUCAUCAGACCAGAGGACAUUUCUCCAGAAAGUACGAUCUUUGUCCCAAUGUGUAGUUGCAAACUGUAGUCUGGCUUUUUUAUGCUGGUUUUGGAGAAGUGGCUUCUUCCUUGCUGAGCGGCCUUUCAGGUUAUGUCGAUAUAGGACUCGUUUUACUGUGGAUAUAGAUACUUUUGUACCUGUUUCCUCCAGCAUCUUCACAAGGUCCUUUGCUGUUGUUCUUGGAUUGAUGUGCACUUUUCGCACCAAAGUACGUUCAUCUUUAGGAGACAGAACGCGUCUCCUUCCUGAGCGGUAUGAUGGCUGCGUGGUCCCAUGGUGUUUAUACUUGUGUACUAUUGUUUGUACAGAUGAACGUGGUACCUUCAGGCAUAUGGAAAUUGCUCCGAAAGAUGAACCAGACUUGUGGAGGGCUACUAUUUAUUUUCUGAGGUCUUGGCUGGUAUCUUUUGAUUUUCCCAUGAUGUCAAGCAAAGAGGCACUGAGCUUGAAGGUAGACCUUGAAAUGCAUCCACAGGUACACCUCCAAUUGACUCAAAUGUUGUCAAUUAGCCUAUCAGAAGCUUCUAAAGCCAUGACAUCGUUUUCUGGAAUUUUCCAAGCUGUUUAAAGGCACAGUCAACUUAGUGUAUGUACACUUCUGACCCACUGGAAUUGUGAUACAGUGAAUUAUAAAUUAAAUAAUCUCUCUGUAAACAAUUGUUGGAAAAAUUACUUGUGUCAUGCACAAAUUAGAUGUCCUAACCGUCUUUCCAAAACUAUAGUUAGUUAACAAGACAUUUGUGGAGUGUUUGAAAAAUUAGUUUUAGUGACUCCAACCUAAGUGUAUGUAAACUUCUGACUUCAACUGUAUAUUUUAAUAAUACUAUAACACUAACUCAUGGAUUAGCUCUGUGGCAACUUCCAACCCAAAGUUAAACAUUAUUAAACCUUCAGUUUACAAUUAGAAAAACCUUUUGAAUGUGUUUUUGGAAAAUGGAUGUAUUUGAGAAAUUUGACUGAAUCUGAUUAUUUAUUUUUGAAUUACAUUAUUUAUAACCA